GGCGUCGGUAUCCGAUAGAGGUACCUAUGUAAGUGGGAGGCACGUGCACCUGCAGGUAGGUACCCACUCGAGGUCUCCCGCCUUGAGCUUUGGCCCAGACCUCAUCAGCCUCCCUCCUCAACAACCUUCAACUAUUGCUCGUGAAAUCUCAAAGUGCAGUAUCUGCCUUCAUCAUGGCAGGCCUACCUCCAGCAACCGCCAAGGGCUUAUGGAAAAAAUCGCUCGACCUUGGUCUCAUGACCGACAACGCCCGGACGGAGGGGUCGGAGGUGUGUAUUCCUUUUUCGCGUCACGUGCUGCAGGCAGGGUCGCCAAACCCACCGAUCAUCGAGUUCCCUCGGUUUUCCAGAUUGCCAGCAGAGCUGCAUCUUCGAUUUUUUUCCUUUUGCGACAGUCCGACGCUCUUUCAACUCAUGCACACUUCCUCAAGCAUCCGCUGCGAAGCGAAAAAGCUGUUUCUGUCAGACCCGGAUGCCUGGUACGCCGUCAGUGCGCAAUGGAUAAUCCAAGGGUGCUACCCAGGUGAAACAACUCACGACAUGGAGUUUAUGCCCUACGUGGAGCAGCUUGAGGUUGUGUGCUAUGCACCAGACAAUUUCUCAGACGAGAAUUAUUUCGAAGAUGAGAUCCAUAUCACAGACGGCGAAAAAGGUGCCGGUGUGGGCAAAGAACAAGAUAAGAUCAUCUGGCACUUCUGGCAUAGGGUUUGUACGCGCUUUCCUCGUGUAUCUCGUGUAGUCCUGUCCUUCAUCUUUCCUCAACAGCUUGGGACGGUUCCUGCUGAAGACUCAAACAAGAUCACGAGGAUGUGUAUCCCGGGCGUCGAGGUUUACUUUUCCUUUGUCACAUAUGAAGAUCGAAUCUUCAGUAGGAGAGAGAAGCGCACUUGGCGACAGCUCAAAGACAACGAAGGGUGGACAGAAAUCCCGAACUAUGAUCAACCCAGAAUCGUGAUGCCGCCUAAGCUAUUCCGAGGGCCUAUCGGGGCCUAUGAGUCUUGGAUUCAUAAAGCCACACAGCUUGCUGCGCGGGAGAAGACAGUCAAGACCAUGCUCGUCGCGGCUGUAGAAAAACAUCAUUUCUAUGGAAGACACGAGCCGCUCACAUGUCCAGUUCCAGAUUGCUCAGCUUGGUUUGAUCAGCCCGAGCAGUUCACUACGCAUAUGCUUGUUGAGGACAGGAUCAACCUCGGUGAUCACGACCGAUUUUUGAACCAGGAGAUGGUACCACCAGAACCUUUCAAGGCUCUGUUCGCUACAAACGAAGAGGAGUUAGAAGAACUAAGACAAGAAGCACAUAAGAGAUCAGAUCUGCUUCGUGACCUGUGGGGCAAAGAUGGCACUAAGAGAAGAGAUGCGGCGUUGCAGGCCGCUAUACAUCAGGUAGACCAUGACCCGCUUUGUUUGCAAGGAAAGAGACCAGCUAUACAUAGCAGUACAUUAGGAGACUUACUGUGCUACCUUGAUGGAUACUAGCUAUAUAUAGAGAGAGAGAAUAAAUGCCAGGCCGGAGUAACGUUAUCCAAGCUGCGCCAGAUCUUCGUCUUCGACCAAGACGCC